UCAGUCAUAUGCGCUCUGUUUUUAGGCCAACCCCUUCCUAUAUUCUCUCUUUGCAGCGUUCUGUCUGUCUCUCCCGCCGUCGUUUGCGGCCACUGUCGUCAGUGGAUUUCUUCCCUCUCAGUUGGUUUCUGCAGUUUUUUUUUUCUCUCUCUCUCUCUCUUGUUUCAGUGUUGCAGGUUGAUCUGGGAAGAUGGACCAGUAUGAGAAAGUUGAGAAGAUUGGUGAGGGAACCUAUGGCGUUGUGUAUAAGGCUAGGGACCGUGUGACUAAUGAAACUAUAGCUUUAAAGAAGAUCCGGUUGGAACAUGAGGAUGAGGGUGUACCUAGCACUGCAAUAAGAGAAAUAUCACUCUUGAAAGAAAUGCAGCAUGGUAACAUUGUGAGGUUGCAGGAUGUAGUGCACAGUGAGAAACGUCUAUAUUUGGUUUUCGAGUACUUGGACUUGGAUCUGAAGAAGCAUAUGGACUCAUCUCCAGAAUUUGCCAAGGACCCAAGACUGGUCAAAACGUUCCUCUACCAAAUUCUUCGUGGCAUAGCUUAUUGUCAUUCUCAUAGGGUUCUCCACCGAGAUUUGAAGCCACAAAAUUUGCUGAUUGAUCGUCGCACUAAUGCACUGAAGCUUGCAGAUUUUGGACUGGCUAGAGCAUUUGGUAUUCCUGUUAGGACAUUUACACAUGAGGUGGUGACCUUGUGGUACAGAGCACCAGAAAUUCUUCUCGGAUCCCGACAUUACUCUACUCCAGUUGAUGUGUGGUCGGUGGGAUGUAUAUUUGCUGAGAUGGUUAACCAGCGACCAUUAUUUCCUGGGGACUCUGAGAUAGAUGAAUUAUUCAAGAUUUUUAGGGUCCUGGGCACCCCAAAUGAGGACAUGUGGCCUGGUGUGACUUCAUUGCCUGAUUUUAAAUCUACUUUUCCCAAGUGGCCUCCUAAGGACUUGGCAACUAUUGUUCCAAAUCUUGAUGCAGCUGGCAUUGAUCUCCUUUCUAAAAUGCUGUGUAUGGAUCCCAGCAGGAGAAUCACAGCAAGAAAUGCUUUGGAGCACGAGUACUUCAAGGACAUAGGGUUCGUACCCUGAUUCUGAUUUGUGCACCUUUGCAAUUGGAGGAAUGUCUAUAUAUAUAUAUAUCGUGGUUGUCUAGCAAUUCUUUUUGGGGCUUUGAUUGUGGUGUUUUCAGCUGCAGUUUUCUGUAAUUCUCAUGAACCAAUAUAGUAUUCAAUUGAACUAGCCUAGUCCUCUGCAUUUGCCUUUGGAAAGUCUAGCGUCUCUUCUCAGUCUACCCCUUCUUUCAUCGUCUAGCAGAUAUAUAUAUAUGCACAUAUAUCUUCAUAUAACUGGCAUUUUGCCUUAUCAGAUUAGUGGCAACUGAUAUUUUUGCAGUGGAAAAUUCAAAGUUCAAUGUUGCUUCA